AUGGCAAGCGAAACAGAGCUGUUCAGGUUUUCGAAACAUUUGUUGCUUGUCACUGGUUUGAUGCCGCUGCACCAAAUCAAAUGGCCUGCUUUUUAUCAAAAUAUGUACAGAGGGAUGUCUUUGGGGAUGCAAGCAGUAUAUGGGACAUGUAUUGUGCUUUUUACAAUCGAAUUGAUGAUAGUUAUUAAAACAGACACUCAAGCAGCACCGCCUGUUCUAGAAUGUCUCACAUUUGUCUCCGUUGUAACUGCAAAAAUAAUUUUACUACAAUCGAAAAAAAUGACAAAUAUAAUUGACAUGGCUUUUAAAGAAGAAGACCUUAUUAAUCAAGUGAAGGAUAAAGCUACUCUGGACAUUUACAGCCAACAUGUAAAAUAUUGUAAUAAAGUAUGCGCAGUGAUUCUUUUUUUCUUGUAUGCUACUGGGGCUUUGUAUCUCAUCGAUGGAUAUAUCGAAAAUAAAGCAUAUCUCAAACAAUAUUUAAAAGAAUAUAAUUAUAAUAAGACAUUACUUGCAAGACCACAUCCAGUACCAGUAUGGUUUCCAUUCGAUAAAAAUAAACAUUAUAACCCAGCAAUUUGUUACGAGGUGUUCCAUAUUACAUCAACUGUAGUGUACAAUAGUGCUGCACAACAGUUAAUAAUAUCAGUGUUAAUAUACCUAAAAGCAGACCUGAGAAUUCUGCAGCAUAUUAUAAACACCGUUGAGCAGCGCAAGGAAAAUGAAAAAAUUUCAAUGCAGGAAUGUUUAAAGGUUGCUAUAAAGAAGUAUCAAAAAAUUACUGCGUGGGUUGAAGAUUUCAACAAUUCCUUUCGAUACAUAGUCCUUUUGGAGUACUGUGUUACUUCGUUAAUGCUAGCAGCUAUUUUAGUGCAAAUAAUACAAGGUGUUAAGGUAUGGUUCAAUACCAGUUUCUUUAUACUCAGCUUUUUGCAGCUAUUUACUUUAUCAUGGAAUGCAAACGAAAUUAUAAUUGAGAGUUCGGAUGCUUUGUCCAAGGCAAUUUACGAAACACACUGGUACAACAUGGAUAAAGAAUCGGCCACCUUGAUUAAAAUAAUGUUACUUAGAUGCCAAAGACCACUGUCCAUAACGAUUCCUGGCAUUGGACCAGUUACCACGGAUGCAGCUGUUUCGGUAAUAUUAUAUUCCAUUGCUGAAGAUAAUCCAGAUUUAAAAAUCGAAAUUCGAUAA